CACACUGCGGUUGUGAGAAAUCGGAUUUCCAAUUGCGAUCGAUCACUCUCUGUGGAGAGUUUCUCUCUGGAUUCGAAAAUCCGGUGACGAUGGGAAGCGGCGGCGGCAGCGGCAGCGACGUGGAGGCAGGGUUUGCGAAGCUGCAGGGGGAAGACUUCGAGUACUAUAUGCAGACCUACUCCAUCAUAUUGGGCCGCAACAGCAAGAAAUCAACCGUCGAUGUCGACCUCUCCUCCCUCGGCGGCGGCAUGAACAUCUCCCGCCACCACGCCCGCAUCUUCUACGACUUCCAGCGCCGCCGAUUCGCCCUCGAGGUCUUCGGCAAGAACGGCUGCUUCGUCGAGGGCGUGCUCCACCUUCCCGGUAACGCUCCCGUCAAGCUCGACUCUCAGGACCUCCUCCAGAUCGGGGACAAGGAGUUCUAUUUCCUUCUCCCUGUGCGCAGCAUCCUCGGCGGCCCCAUCGGCCCCCGGCACCACCUCAAUUACCAUCCUCAGCCCGCCGCGGCGGCCGCGCCGCAUCACCACCAGUUGCUGCCGCCGGCCGGUAGGGUUGCGAAGGCUGGGAGGGGUAGGGUUAUGAGUAGCAACAGCGAGUACUUUGAGGAUGACUAUGCCGAUGAAGAAGGUCGUGGCGCCGGCGACGAGGGCUUGGUUCCGGCUAAAAAGGUGAGGAGGGGAGGGGAUGGGCAUGAGAUGUACGGGCACAUCUCGUCAGGUUCCGGUGGAAAGGGGGUGGUUUCGGGACAAUUGGUUCCUGCAGAUAAGAAGGUUGAGGCAAGGUCCAGAAUCGACAGAGAUUCCGAUAAUCAUCAACUUCUUCAGUUGGAAGAGAAGGAUGUGGUAUCAUCUGUAGCUACAGUGCUUUCUGAUCUUUGUGGUCCUGGGGAAUGGAUGCCAAUGGAAAAACUCCAUACAGAGUUGUUGGACCAAUACAGCAAUGUUUGGCAUCACAGUCGCGUGAGGAGAUAUCUCACACCGGAGGACUAUCCUGGUCCUGAAUCGAUGGGGAAACCAUGGUUUGGAUUGCUCAUGUUGUUGAGGAAGUAUCCGGAGCAUUUUGUCAUCAAUACAAGAUCCAAGGGCCGGGUAACCCUAGAGUUCGUCUCUCUUGUAUCACUCCUUUCAUGAGAUCUUGAAGCCUCGCCAUAAAUGCUCCAAGGGCUGUGCAAACCCAAGAGCCCGUCUCUCUUUCCCCGUGGCUUUCAUGAGAUCUUGAAUCCUCGCCUGUUAUGACUCUGAUCUGUAUGUACUUAACCCUGGAACGUGUUAAGCAAGAACUUAGGAUAGCGGAUGUAAAUGACCCUCUUGGAUGUCAAUCAUGAUAUUUGUAUAUUUAUCAUUUACGACUUCAUGCACA